UCAAAGAUUCCCACUUGAAAAUUGUCCUCCUCCACAUACGAGAAUGAAAAUGAUUCCAAAUAUAACCUCCGAAUUUAUCCAAUCCUUUGCUCCAAAGCCAACUGUGGCCAGGAGAAAAGAGGCGAUUGAAUUGAGAAAGACAAUGAAACCCUUGUUGGAAAAGAGAAGGCGCGCUCGUAUCAAUGACAGCAUCAACCAUCUGAAGACUCUGAUCCUUCCACUCACAGGAAAAGAUAAUUCUCGGUACUCGAAGCUUGAGAAAGCUGACAUCCUUGAGAUGACCGUAAGAUUCCUCAGUGAUAUUCCUGCUGCUCAGAAAAAAAGUACAUCAGACAGCUACAAAGAAGGGUACAAAGCCUGCCUGCAGCGCGUCACCGCUCUGAUCCCCAAAACGAACCUGGACAAAGACUCGUGUCAGCGGUUGAACGACUUCAUCCAGCAGUCCAUGUCUGCGUCCGUCGACCCAGCUUGUCAGAACUGUUGCGCCCAGAGCUCCAGGGCUUUCCCCCAGAUUCAGCAGAGACUCCUGAGCCUCAAAGCCAACGUUGGCUCCAGAAUCGAGAACCACUCGAACUCGCUUCCCAACCGGCCCCAGCCAGUGCCACAAGCUGUCAAUACUAACGUGUGGAGACCCUGGUUGAUUCAAGAAGCCAUAACGCCAAUGUAAAUUGUAUGAUAUGUACAUGUCGGGGAGACGUCUCUUGUACAUAUGUAUUUAUCAAUACUAGGCUAUAGAGAUGCAUGCAUUGUCAUAUUGUCUUGAUGAAAAGCUAUACUUCAUCGUUAAAUCAUGUUAGUUAAGUAUUAUAUACUGAAGUAAUUACACACGUCUUCUGUCUUGUAAAUGGACAAGUUUGAAGAAAUUCUUAUUAUUUAAGAUCUGCAUGGAUUUUAUUUGCUAUAUUUAGUCCUCUUUGGGGGUUAAAUGAUAAAAGGGCCACAGAAAACGCCUUUGUAAACCCAAAGGGUUAUUAAAUGUAUGUCAUUUGCGCUUUAGACUUCAGUAUUCUGGGUCUGUGCAGAUAAACGAUAUGUAAGCACGUUGUGUUAUGUUUCUUAAAAACGUAAAAUGUCUCUUUUAGGGAUGUAUUUGUAUUACCAUUACGAAUUGUACAUAUAUUUAACUCCAAUAAAAACUACGAUACCGUGGUAUAUUCCUCUUCA